ACCAGGAAGCCGCGCUCGGCAGCGGCAGACAGUGGGAAGCAGCUGGCCGGAGCGGCAGUCGUACCCGCCUAGCCGUCCCCGCUAUGGGCUCCCCGCAGCGCCCGCCGCUCGCCCAUGUCUUCAGGGGCACCUUCGUGCACUCCCGCCUCGACGUGCCCAUGGAGAUCCUGCACGGCCGCCUGCUUGGGGUUGACGACGGCGGCACGAUUGUGUUUCUGGAGCAAGCAGAUCAGCAGGAGCAACUGGCCAAGAAGUGGGGAUUCAAAACGUCUGACAUAAGAGAACUGACUCAUCACGAAUUCCUCAUGCCGGGAUUGGUUGAUACCCACAUUCAUGCCCCUCAGUACUUAUUUGCUGGUACAAGAGUAGAUCUACCUCUUUUGCAGUGGUUGACUACUUACACAUUCCCAACAGAGGCAAAAUACAAAGACAGUGAUUUUGCAGAAGAAGUGUACACCAGAGUUGUUAGACGAACUCUGAAGAAUGGCACCACUACAGCUUGCUACUUUGCAACAAUUUACACAGAUACUUCUCUUCUUCUGGCUGACAUCAUAGAUAAAUUUGGGCAAAGAGCAUUUGUUGGCAAGGUCUGUAUGGAUAUAAAUGAUGCUGUGCCACAUUACAAAGAGACUACAGCUGAUUCUGUCCAAGAGAUGGAAAGGUUUGUUAGAGAACUACUGGAAAGACAAUAUCCAAGGGUACUGCCCAUAAUAACCCCCCGCUUUGGCCCUUCCUGCACAGAAGAUUUGCUGCAUGCGCUUGGUGACUUCGCACAAACUCAUGAUCUCCAUGUGCAGAGUCACAUAAGUGAGACUGAAGAAGAACUCAAAGUUGUGGAGAACAUGUUUCCUGCCUAUCAGAGUUACACUGAUUUGUAUGAUAAAAACAAGCUGCUUACCAGCAAGACAGUGAUGGCUCAUGCCUGUCAUCUUUCUGAAGAAGAGCUGGGACUUUUUAAUCUUCGUGGAGCUGCAGUUGCACAUUGCCCCAGUUCUAACUUUUCGUUGCACAGUGGCAUCUUAAAUGUAAAAAAUGUUUUGAAGCACAAUGUGAAGGUUGGCCUUGGCACAGAUGUUGCUGGUGGAUAUUCAGCUUCUAUGCUUGAUGCUAUCAGAAAAACGGUGAUAGCAUCUAACGCCCUUAAAAUUAAUAAAGUGAGUGACGCAGAACUAACUCUUAAAGAAGCUUUUCGACUAGCAACUCUAGGAGGAAGCCAAGCUCUAGGACUGGAUGAUGUGAUUGGGAACUUCGAGGUUGGCAAAGAAUUUGAUGCACUGCUGAUCAACACUAAGGCCUCAGACAGCCCUUUUGACUUGUUCUCUGCUGAUACUUUCGAGGAUUAUCUCCAGAAGUUUCUCUAUCUAGGUGAUGACCGGAAUAUUUCUGAAGUGUACGUGGCUGGGAAGCAAGUGGUUCCUUUUUCAAGUUCAGUAUAAAUCCAUUUCCCUUCUGCAAAAUGUUCUGCUGAUUACUCUGUAUCUGAUUUGGAAAAUAUUUGUUUAAAACAGUGCCUGAUUAUUUGGAAUGACACCUCAUUUCUGUUUUAAAUCUUGCAAAUUUGAAAAAUUCUGUUAGACCUUUCAGGAAUUAUGUGACCUGUGUUCUGUCACAGUUCUAAAAGGAAACAAACUUCUAAAUUUGCCUGCAAAAAUGACAUGUGCAUUGACGAAGAAAUCUGGUAAGUUUCUUACUUAAAUAAACAAUUGGUGUUUCUUUCAGUAAUACCACAGAAAGUAUUAAGAAGAGCAAGGAAGCUCUCACUGUUGUAUGUUAUUUUAGUUGAAAAAAAUGGCCAGUAAAUCAUUUUUGCUAAUAAUGAAUGUCACAGAAGAAUGUAAUUUCUUUUAUAUUAUCACCAACUAUGGAAAAAAUAGUGGCAUUUGGGUCAUUUAAUGAUGUUUUUCAUUUUUGUUUAUGUGGUUAAUUUUAAAAUACUCAUUUAUUUUAAAACACAAAGUAUCUAUCUAUACAUAAUGAAGAGUUCUAAUUAUCAUUAAGCUCAGAUUUGUCAUUAGUAGUCAGAUAUAAUAGAACUGGUGGAAGAAGCAAGUAAAAAAUACACAAGUGGUCAAACAGCUGCGAGUGCAGAAAGACUGCACAAUUCUGUGACGCUGUAAGCUGAAGUAGCAUUUCCUAAAUGUCACUCUGGCACCUGGAAGCAGUCAGCCCAAUCUUCCACCACUUCUCUAUCCACCUGACUGAAUAUGCUUCAGCUAAACAACCACUGAAUGAAACUUGUAAUAACCCAAAAGCAGUACAGAGAUGCCUGGGUGGGCUUCUCUGUGGCAGAAAAUGAAUGGACUCUUCAGGACUAGAAAGAGUGCUUCCUCUGUUCCAGCCUCUUGUAGAACCUUAUCAAAUUCAUUUCUUCUUGACUGUUUAGACGGUGAUAACAAUUCCCCUUCUCCUUUCUGUAGCAGAAGUGGGCAGUUUUAAAACAAAACCCGCCAGAAACAGGCUGUCUCUGGCUGUUCACUUGAGGUGUAAUUCCUUACUGAAAAAAACUAUUCAGCUCUAAUGUGUUUUUUUUCUUUCAACGCUGGAACAGAAACUACAGCCCUGUACAAUGCUAGGUAAAAAAACGUGCCCUUCUAACCAUGGUGGUCUGUGUUCUUAAAAAGUCUAUUUUCCUACUUGUUAUUACAGCCUUUUUUUAUUGCAAGAUUAAUUUGAGAAUGGGGAUACUUCUUGUUUCUUUAUUAUGGUUCUUUUUUUGUUUAUUUUAUUUUGUUUUGUUUGUUUGUUUUGCAGUGCAAAGCAUAAAAGCUUUAAUUUUAGUGUUAGUGGAUACAAUAUUGCACUACCUGCUAUACAUACUUGUUGAGUAUGGCCUGCUUCAAACACCUUUGAUUUUGCUGAGCUUUAUUUCACACCUUUAUCUUGCUGUCUAAUGAUAUAAAGGCACAGCCGUUCUCUGUGCUCCUAAAACAAGAAAGGUAACCGCAUGAACAUCUAAAUUUCUGUCUGUAUAAGGGAACGUUUGGUCUGAUAUCCCUAACAACUCGCUCUGAUUUAAGCUUCGUCGGAGCUUACGCACUCUUCAGGUUAUGACUACAUGAGACAGCAUAGUAGAACCAUAACCUAGAUUAGGCACUUAAAAUACCUGGAAUCUUUUUCAGUGUUUUGUGUUAUUUGUUGUUUUUUGUUGUUCUUUGGUUGUUUGUUUUUGCUGUCAUGGAAUAGCUUUACUGCACAGCAUGGUAUGUUGGCUUGCAUAUGCCACUCUAAAGCAGCUGCACUGCUUGCUCAUUUAGAGCUAGCUCAGGUAACUUCACACAGCAUCACUCUGUGCCAUAUGUUUGCUGAGUUACACUCCUUGUUUCCAUUGUGUUCAAUCAUGGCUAAGGCUUUUGGAUUAGAGAUUUAAGGAUUGAGAUUUCAUAGUCCAUCAGGGUGUCACAAAAGUUUUGUUUUUCACAUGUCCCUAUAACCUACAUAGUAGCACACUUUCUUUGCAAAUACAGCCUGCAGUUCUUUAACUCGGAUUCCUGAUUCAGGGAACAUUUUUCCUCAUGAAUUUUGACAUGAAUUUAAUUAAUUGACCAAAUUUUACAUUCCAAAACCAAAGAUCUGUGAGAGACAUGUUUUAAUCCUCCAGUUGCUGUCUGAAACUAUUCUUAAGGAGUUGCAUGGUUUGCAGCUUUGGCUUUCCUGCAGGAAUGUAUUCUGGGACAGAGAAAGAUGAUGCAGCCUUGUAUACUAUGUAUGUUCAUGCUAUAGUACUUUGCUUCCAGAGCUAUGAAUUAUAUCAACACUUCUAUUUUAGUGAUAGUCUAAGCUGUGCCUGACUUUAUUGCUAUUUUGUGGUAGUAUUAAGAAUGUGAUUCAGUGUUUGUUUUAAAGAUUUGGAGAGAGGGAGGUGAUGAUUAUUUGCAAACUAGGAGUACAGAAAAAAAGCUUUAACAGUCUCACCAAACUGCUGGUGCCCCAAUUACAAAGGGACUCUCUAGAAUAUCUGAUGGGAAUAACUUUUGGAUUUGAAUAUUGGCAUGUUGUGAGAGUUUGGCUCUUGCUAAAUUCCAGCACAAGGCAGGAAUUCAGCUUCUUGAUUAUCGCUUUUCUGAUGUCUGGUAGCCAGGCACUACCCAGACUUAGAGAAUCGAUGUUCCAGAAUUGCAGCUUGGGGAGGAGCUCUGCCCAAGUAGUAGUGUCAUGGGCUUCCUGCAGCUGGUAUGAACGUUGCUGGUGACAAACCUGAAUUUGGUUAGAGGGAGCCAGUAGAAGAACUGAUACAGCCAUGUAACAAACAAACUGGAAGGUAGUUUCAAAAGUAGCAUUGAAUGUAAAAAUUCUGUAAUGCCAGAAAAAAACUUCCUUUGAGGUAGACCCAGGACUUUCCAUGGGAGGUAGUUUAUGGAAGGAGUCUGGUUUUAGGAGAUACGGAGGAUGUAGUAGUCAGACUUCUCUGAAGCAAUUUUGGAGAAGGAUCCUGCUGUGAAGUAUUUAUUAGCCCCCAGUAUUCUUUGACUGCAUGGAGAUUGUAGAGAUGCUUGGUGCAGUAGGAGAAUAUCAGUAGGUGACAGCAGUUACUGCUGAGACUUGUAACGCUGCACCAAUGCCUGCAUAUAGUCUGAUUCCUUGUACUCCACUGCAUAUGUGGUCUGAAGCAAGCCAGGUCAUUGGUUCAGACCCUUACAGUCUCUGUUAGAGGCUGUAUUUGGUGUGUGUGACUGCACCUCCAGCAUAGUUUCCACCAAGGAAGAGAAACUUCCUUGUUGUAUACCAAAACCACACUGCAAGCAGAAGCAGUGUUCAAUUAGUGGUGUGUAAGCAUCACUACUGUCUCAAAAACAAACAAACAAACAAAAAACCUAAUGGAAGACAUGACUUACACUAUUCCCCCUCCAUACUCAUAUGCGUAGAAGACAAAUCAAAGCAACAUCUUUUCUCCUCCUUCUUUAAAAAAAAAAAAAAAAAAUUAAAUAAAUAAAAAUUAAAACUUAAUAAAAAUAAGGCAACCACUCACUAUGGGGAUAAGACUAAGUAGAAGAAAACAUCAGGAUAAUUUUCAGUCAGCAUAAAUUGACAUUUUGCUACUGACAUAAGAUGGAGCCUCUGGAAAAAUGUACAUACAGCUGUUUCCAGAUGUCAGUCACCAUUAGUUCUCUCGACAGACUGUGUAUGGGAUCUUUAUUUUUGAUGUGUCUUUGUGUUCAAUGUCAGCACACCAUUCAGACAGAAAAAAAUAAGGGUAAUUUGUGAAAAGCUUGCUUGUUGGGGCAAUAUGCUUAACGUGUUCUAUGUUCAGAUGAGCACUUAGUAAUUAUAAAUGGAGUGUAUUUGAAUUAUAUGUUGAUCUCAUUGUGUCACUUCAGGUUUUGAUUAUUAAUGAAAUGCGAGUAAGUAUCGCUUAUGCAUUAUGCAGCGUUAUUUGAAUUAUUCAUGUGUGGCAAGUGGAGUUCUGCACUUUAAAAUGUUGGCUUGACCUAGUGUUUAUAUUUAGUCUGUGUUUUUAUGCAAUCAGAAAGCUUUAUGGGGAAAAAAGUAUAUUUGUUCUUUGUACUGAGCAUUUUCAUUAUUGUAAGUGGAAAUUAUUUCAAAAAGAGAUGUUAAAAUGACCCUGCUUAUAAGUCUGUACCUGAUUAUACACUCAUGAAUGGAACAACUAUAAUGGUUUUAUAAAAUCUGACAUGAAUAGCAAUGUUAUGCUUAAAAAAAAUAUUUACAGAGGAAUAAUUUUUAUUCUAAUUAUGAUUAUGCAAUGCUGAUUAGAAAAAUUAGUCAGUCUUGCUAUAUAUCUGCAAGUCUACUGAGCAAAGACUGUAACUCUUCUCGAUUAUACUUUUAAGAAGAGUAUGCAUGCUUUGAAAAACAAAAUGCCUAAAUUCUUUCAGAGAAUAUCUCAGUUUUAAUAUGAAAUUAUAUUAGCAGUAGUACUCAGAGAAAUCUUUAAAAUUUUUUCCAGCAUUUCCAUGAACAAUCUGUAACAGACAAUAAGUUGGGCAGCUUUUAAAAAUAAUACUGGAUUGAUAUAAAUAAGUAGUCUUGCAUUAUGUGCAGUCCUGUGCUUAGCAUUGAGCAACUUAUCUCUAAGGAGAUUGUGCACAAGUGGAAGGAAUUCAAGAAAACUCAAGGCACAUGGGAAAUUUGAGAAAUGACUGGGAAAAAAUAUAACUUGAAAAGGCAGCAGAAUGCAAAAUAAUACCAAAUAGAAAAAGCUAGAUCAGAGAAAGUUGUUAACAGUACAUGUUAAUGAAGUUUUAGGGAAAUGCUAAGGAAAGAAGAAAUUUUUUCAGGCACAGUUCUGUUAAAUCACAGAGUUGAUUUCUUCAGAAAGUCAUCAAGGAACAGGAACAGAUCAGAUUUCCAAAGGGAGCCAGUUAUUUAUAUGCUAAAAUAUUAAGAGCCCCAAAUUACCAUGGCUAAUUGUAACGCUGUUCCUCUCUACUUCAAGAUUUAAACUAAAGCUACUUGCAACAACUCCAGAAGAAACCUAAUACAAUAUUAUGUUUUAUCUUCAUGUUUCCUAUGAAACAUGAAGACAUCUGGCAUUCGGCACUACUAAAGUAUCUGACCUUAGGGGGAGCACCAGUGGGAGCACCUCAUGCAACAUCCCCUGUCACACGCCUCAUGGUGCAAUGAUGACAGGAGUUCAACAGCACAGGAAUACAAGCCUCUGGUAUGACUGGAGUCCCUGCAAGUAAGCUGAUUCAAUUAUCAGGCUGUUUUGAAGUUCAGAACACACAGAGAGUGCAGCACAUUUUAAAUUGCACAAUCAGCUUGAAGUGUCAGUUCACUACCUAACAGUGAUCUCACAUGUACUAGAAACUUUGUCCUAAAGUUUAUUUUUGAGCCCUGUUAAUAUGUGUAAAACAACUCCUGCUUAUUUCAACAGAGAAGCCAGCAAAUGACAUCUGCUGGGCUCUCUUUACAAAAUAGAAAACAGCAACAAAAACAGUUCUUAGGGAACCAAAAGGGUAUCAGCAACAAUCUGUUGUGUAAGGUUAAAAAAACAGUUAUUUUCCUCGAAAGUCUGAACAGUGCUUUUAGAGGAUAUUUUCCAGGAAAUUUCAAUAAAAAACUUUUUUUUCUUGGAAAGUGUCCUAAGCUGGAGAGGUGUGUUUCAACCCCUGUGACUUCUGCAGUGGCAGUGAUCUGUGCAGAAGUGAAUGCAGCAAUUAUGCCUGGAGUCAUCCUUUCUCCCUGCUCACGACUUAGACUUGUUUAUUUGGUUUGUGAUUUCUCACAGACUUUAUUUUGAUUGGAAAAUAUCUAUGAUGAAUGAGUGCAGUUGGGCUUGAAAGGCAAUCUCAUAGCCACCCACCUAAUACUUAACUUAGAAGAUCUGUCCAUAAGAAAAGUAUUAUUUAUUACACUUACGCAGUUUGUGGGCUCAGUGUUUUGGCUUAAUGGCUUGAGUCAGCUGGUAACAAACACAGCCAAGACCAGAAUGUAAACUGUGAGCAGCUGACAUAAACAGAAAUAUAUUUUACCUUGGUCUGCACUUGAGCCACUGAAAGCCUUGCUUAGCCACAAGCGCCUAGGCACCUUCGAAUACAAAACUGGGCCUUCAGUAGAAGGGACCAAUGUUUCUGUUAACUAAGCUUUUCAUUUCUGUAUCUGGCUGA